AUGACCACAUCACACAGACCACAGUUAGAAGCAAGAAGCGGUGCAAAAGCGGCUGCGUAUACACCAACAGGCAUCGAACAUGCCAGAUUACUACCAGGACAUACAAAAUUAAAGUACAGGAAAUUUAAAGAGGAGGUAGAGGCUAAAUCAGACAGUGGGCUAGAAGAGAGAAGCAACGAUAAAUAUUUAGAGGAGGCAGGAUUAGAGGAACAGGAUGCUGCGGAGGAAGAGUACCUCAAAGAAAACCACAGUGGGAAUGACGAAAAAGAUUCAAUACAAAAUCUACCGAUCAUUCAAGAAGCUAGAGUGGAAAAUAAAAUAAAGCUUGAACAGAACGAGCAAAUAAAGGAGAGAAACUCAUCCAGGCGAUCGUGGAGAAAGGGCACGGCGUUUGGGCGCCAUAAAAUCACCAAAGGGGCAAAUAUAAAGGACGACGUCACAAAAGAGCCAUUAUCCGGAUACAUUAAUGAUAUGACUAAAUCUGAAUAUCAUCAUGAAUUUCUCCAUAAGCAUGUUAGAUAG